UUAGUCAAAGACAUGGACGGAACCGCAGACGAACAGCGUAGGAAAAAGGUGCAGGCUGGGCGGGCGAAGCUUGCUAACUUCAGACAGCGGAAAACAAAAGGGGAAGGCACAAAUCCGCAUAAAAAGACGUCGAAGAGGAAGAGUGCGCCUCUUCAGUCGCAUGACGUUCAGGAGGAGGAGAACUCGUUAGGAGCAGCUGAGUGUGAGUCUGUGGAGUCUGAACUUGAGAAUAGCUUGAUAGAGAAAGAGAUAAGCUCUGGACCCGUGUCAGGUUAUUAUCAGCAGGGAAUGCCUGAUACGGAAUCUGGAUUUGAUUUGAAACAAGAUGCUUCACUCAAGCAAAGAGAGGAUGUUUAUGAACUCCAGGAAAGCCUCCAAGAGGAGUCCCAAUCACAGCAUAUUCAAGAGAAACUACAAAAUGCCGUCCAUGAUCGCAAUGAUAUAAUAGCACAGUUAUCCACUAACUUGCACCAAGCACUUGAAAAUCGUGAGGAGAUGCUGGAAGAAGCCCAGCUUCUGUCAAGUCAGAUACAGGACAUGCAGCUUAGAUUACAGGAAGCUAGUGAAAUUCUUAAAAGUAAAAGUGUAGGCAAUGCAGAUCUAUUUCAAGCUCAGCAGCAGAUCUGUGUAAUCCAGAGCAACCUUAAAGAACAGAAAAUUCACAUGGGUCAGCUGAACAAGAAAGCAAAAGACCUAGAAAAAGAGCUAGAAACUUCACAAAAGACAACUAAGGAGAAGGAAAACCAGAUGGUGAAACUGGAAAAUGUAAUACGAGAGCAGGAGAAGAAACUAGAAGAACUUGAAAAGAAACUAGAGGUGUCGGAAUGUCAUGUGUCUACCUUGCAGCAGGAACUCUCAGAGAGAAAUCUGUCUGUAUUGAAACUACAGAACAUUUCUGCAUACACACAAACUGAGCACACACCCUGUCAUAUAUUAAACAAUGAGAAUAAUGAAUCGAUUGUUGGUGAUAAUGGACAACUCAGAUCUGCCAUCAUUAUAGAGGACAGUGUACAUUCUCUCUCUAGAUUGGUAACUGAACUAAAAGGAAAACUAAUGGACUCUGAGGCAUUGCGGCAGGAGUUGUGCAAGAAGCUUGAAGAGCAAAUGCAUGAAUUUCAAAAGGAGAGAUCUUACUGGGAGCAAAAACAUGAAGAUAUUGUUGCAGGUCUGACUGUUAAGCUGCAGCGUGCAGAAGAACAAACGGAGGAAGCCGCAGUUCAGGCAAAACAUGAAAAAGAGCGCCUAAAUGAGGAACUGCGUGAUCUGAAAGACCAGCUGAGGCUUGAGACUGAAAAUACCCAGGCCUUGAAGCUGCAGCAUGAUCAGAUCUUGCAAAGCUACAUGCAAAAGCUGCAAAACUUGGAAGAUGAAAGAGACAAAAUGCACCGAGAUCUACUUGAUACCAAAACAGAUGAACUGGAGAAAGUUUCCAGUGAAUCAUCCCUCCAAUUUGAGGAUUCGGAAAAACGAAUUCAAGAGGUUGGUAUUCAGAAUAACUUGAGAGUGGAGAGCUUCCGGCAUGAACUUGAGGAUCUCAAGAAAAAUCUUAACCGAGUUAAAGCACAUAAGGACUUUGAGAAUUAUGAGACUGCCUUGUUUCAUGGGGAAGAAAACAAUACAAGUGUAAAUCAAGUUACCAAUGAACUGGACUCUAUGGAUAAGUAUUUGAUCCCUACAUACAAGCAACAGUUAGAACAGACUGACAUCAAGGAAUUGUCUUCUGAGCACAGCCUCUUUGAAUUAGACAGUGACUUUGUGCUGGAACAAAGUCUAAACUCCACAACAGAUGUGAACACCAAUAUUUACUACUCACCUAUGCCAAUCACCAGUGUCUUAGCAGGAGGUGCUACUUUUGGUACACUUCUGGAUCCAGAAUCCUUUGCUGUGUAUUUGUCUAGUGACACUGAACACGCUGAAGAGCAAAAUCAAAUCCGCACUGUGUGUGAUAAAAACCUGGAGCAGAAGUGUGCUUUGCUUAUAGAGCAACUUCAUGAAAAAGAGAGGCAAUUGAAGAACUGUUCAAAUGCUUUGGAAGACAGUCUUGUCAAAUGGAGAGAGGUAACAGCAGAUCUCUUGGCUGCACGUUCUGAACUGGAGCAGGAAAAGACCACCAAGAAUGAAAACUGGAUAGUACAACAAAGAAUUGUGGAAGAGCUUAAAAUCGAGAGAGAUGCAAUAUCUUUGCAAUUGAAACAGCAAGAAGAACUUGUGAAUGAGCUGCAACAGCAUAACAUUUUUGCAGAGGAACAGUGCCAUGAGAAGGAGAAACUCAGAAGUACUUUAUCAGCCAGGGAAGAAUGUUUAUCUCAGCUAAUGGAAGAAAAGAAGUGCCUAGAAGAGAGGCUCUGCAGUGUCAUGCAAGAAUUGGACAAAGAACUUGAGAAGAGUAAUAGUCUGCAGAUGAACAAUGUUCAGCUUAGCCACAGGUUACAAGAAACUGAAAAGAUGAGAGAGUCUGACAAACAGGAAUUUGAUAAUAAAUUGAAUUCAAAGGGGGUUGAGUACCAGAGUCUCUGUGAGACAAUCACAGAGAAAGAAGCAGAGUUUGCUUGGAGAGAAAGAGACCUUAAUGAGGAAGUGAGUACUCUAAAACAGAUGUGUGCAGAAUUGGAGAGCAAGUUGCAAGAACAGAUUGAGGGUUUAAACGUGGGAUUUCAGAAUAAAAUGGAUGUGACGGGAGAGGAAUGGAAGGAGAAAAUACAGUUAUUAAAACAGGAACAUGAAAGUGAACUGAGCCAACUUCAGGCAAGCCACAAGGAGGAACUCGUUCACAUUGCUUCACAAUUCAACAAUGAGAAGCAACGACUUAUAGAUGAACUUAAGCAGCUGGAGGAAUCUCAUUCACAAAUACAACAGAGCCUUGUUCAAGCACAGUGCACACAUCAUGUGGAACUGGAAGCUCUGCGCUUGAGCCUUACCAACAUGCAUGCUGCCCAUUUAGAACUAAGCCAGUCUAACCUGCACCGGGAAAAGGACGAAGCUUUAUUACAGUUACGUGAUGAAGUAAAUGACAAGCGCGCACAAGAGGUGGCCUUACUUCAAGGCAGGUAUCAGUUUGACAUUGAGCAGCUGCGGAAUAAUCAUUGCUUAGAGAUGGAGCAGGAAAGGGAGAAGCAUUCACGGGAAUUGGAAAAGAUGCGAGAACAACUUAGCAAGGAGACGAGUUCACAGGACAUACAGGAAGAGGAACAUGUAGAACUGGAAACUUGCCAGCAGCAAACAAACAAUGCAAUAGGAGUUGAACCUGAUCGAAUGGACCAGUUCACAUUGAAGUCUUCACAAUAUGUAAAGGAGACUGAGGGUGGGCAGGACAAUCUUAAGAUAAGCCAGGAAGUGAAGUCUCUGUCUAGACCAGAAAUGCAAUAUCUUUGGGCUCAGCUGGACAAGAUGGUUGCAAGUCGACAUGAUCUGCAUGAGCUCAAAGAACAGCUUCUUGUCCGCUCUGCUCAAGUGGAAGAAAUUGCCAAAAUUAAACAGGACUUUGAGCAGCAAAAGUUACAGCUAAAAUGUGAUCAUGAAAAGGAGAUGGAGGAAUUGAGAAUAUAUUUUGAAGAGAAAUCUCGUGCAACAGAGGAAAAUUACAGAGAGGAUCUGGAGAUACUGCACCAGCGUCUGCGAGAAAUGAAGGAUGAAGACAAGGAUGAGGUUACUGCUCAAUGCAGUUACUCUGCAGAUGUGGAUGGGACUUCAGAAAGUGAUCAGAUCCACCUUCUUCAGCAGCUGACUGACCAGCUGGAACAGCACAAAGAGGAGAUCUCCUACCUUCAUCUCCAAUCUGAAGAAAAGCACAAGCAGGAACUGGAUAACCUACAAGCUGCUUUGACCCAUCAUUACAAGGAGGAUCUUGUGAACAUGAAGAUGGAUCUGUCUGAUAGAUACAUCUUUGAAAUUGAGGCGUUGAAGAAGAAACACUGUCUUGAGCUGGAGCAGCUGAGGGCCAAGUUGUGUGAGGAACACAUUAGAGAGAUCACAAGGUUGCACCUGCACAGUGUCGAUGAGACAGACCAUCAGGUGGAGUCUGAGUCUAGAGAAAAGAUCCAAAAAUUGGAUGUAGAAUACCCAAUUCUAAUACCAUAUAGAGAAAAGCAGCACAUUGUAGCGUUUGAAGAACCUGUAGCCCACCCUAUUACAGAUCCACAGAAUUACAUGGGACGGAGUUCUGAGCUGGACAAGAUGGAGAAGAUGUGUCAGACAGAUCUGCAUGCUAGUUUGUAUUGUGGAUCUUGUGGAAAGCCACAGAAAACCGAGAUCCAGGACUUGCAAGAUAAGUAUGAAAGGGAGCAGAUGGUUAGAGAGGUGGAGGAAGGCACCGACAGACUGCAGCCAGAAUAUGACGUCUCACUAAUGGGGGAGCAAGCCAGGACUAAACAAGAGUGCUUUGAAAUUGUAGAAAACCUUCAAAGUUUCCUUAGAGAACUACAAAAGAGGAAUGUCUCGGUUCAGCAUGAGGAAAAGCAGCACAAAGAUGAGCUAGAAUUAUUUGUAUCAUAUCUUCAUGAUCAUAGCAAGAAGCUCAUCUCCUUUAUCUCAGAGUUGAGGAAGCAACACAAGGAGGAGCUUUGGGUCCAUGUCUCAGAACUCCGAAGGCAGCAUAAGGAGGAGCUUGAUGCUCGUGUCUCAGAACUGCAAGACCUGCAUAAAGAGCUGAUCAGUGCUCAUAUCUCAGAGCUUCAGCAACAGCAUGAGACACAGGUUGAACACCUAGAAACCACACAUCUUUCCAAGCUGGACACUAUAGAAUCUUCCUUUCUAAGGGAAAUCCAAGUGAUUCGAGAUGAACACAAGCACAACGUGGCAGAUCUGGAGGCCUUGUUCUUUGAGAAGAUGCAUGCAAAAGAGAAUGAGAUGCAGAAGAAACAUGCAAUGGUGGAAAAGGAAACCCAGGAACAGCAUGAAAAAGAGCUUAUGUUGGCUCAAGAGCUUCUUCGCAAUGAAUUAGCCGCUCUACAUAUGGAAGAAAUGCGAGCUGUAACAGAGCGACUUGAAAGAGCCCAUAAAGAAAAUUUAAAGGAAAAUCUUGAUGAGCAGCUCCAGCUGUUGGAAGAGAAAAAGAGCCAGGCUCUUGAUGCCCUACGAGAGGAAGUGCUGCGUCUUGAGGAGCAGAACCAACAAGCUCUGCAAGAACUGCAGGAUUUGCACAGGUUAGACAUUCAACAGCAGAGCUUAGAACGCACCAAUAGACUGCAGGAAGAGAUGAGCAAUCUACAGGAACAGCUUCAGAAAUAUGAGCUCUUGAUGACUGAAUUAAACAGUCAGCGCCAGGCUCUAUCAGCUGAACUACAGCAGAAGGCUGAACAGCACGUGCGAUUCCAGGAGGAAAUUGAGCUUCUGAAAUGUCAGUCAGAGAUGUUACUAGAGCAACAAAUCACUCAACUGAAGGAUGAAUUUGAGGCAGAGAAGCAAAGUGCCCUUAAAGAGAAAGAAAAGAUGCUUUCUGGAGAUGUAGAAAAGUUACAGAUUGCCCACAAAAUAGAGAUGGAUCACAUGUUGCACGAAAAAAACAAAGAAAUAUUGGAGCUACAGGAGAAAGUGACUAUCCUGACCAAAGAAAUGGAAACAACCGGCAGUCAACUUGAGACGCUUACGCAAAGGCGUGAGCGGGAAAACCAGGAGGCUGAGAACCUGGUAGAGAUGUUAAGAUCUGAUGUGCAAAGUGUCCAACAAGAGCAGAAAAGGGCACAGAAUUCAUCCCAGCGUCUCUUCAAGCUUUUAUCUGAGAUUCUUAGAAACACAAUGUCCACAGAAGACUUGAUUGCCAAAAAAAUUGGUCUCUGUUUAGAUAGCAGUUUGUCUCAGCUGGAGGAAUCUGGGAAUGGAAUGCAACAUUUGAAAAAUCCCAUGAGCACCUCUGUAUUUCAGAAAGGAUCUGAGCUUCCAGAAAGCAAUGAAAAGCAUUUUGUGAGCCACCACUAUGAGACUGUGACUGAGCAUAGCUUGAUGUCUUCAGAUGAGGGUUGUGAAUUAUCAGAGUAUCUCUGUGAAUCUCUGCUUGGGAGUCUAGAACUAGGCUUAGAGAAUGAAGAAAAGAUACUUCAUAUUAGCCAGCGUUUGCGUGCUGCAGUUGAAAGGCUUCUAGAAAUGAUUACAGAGUCAGCAGCCCAGCUUGAACAGACUCAGGAACUUCAGCAUCGCUUUGAGGAGGAGUUCAACAGAAGAAACCAAGAGACUGCUCAAGUUGUGAUUCAAAAUCAAGAGCUGCUUAAACAGCUGGCACAAGAAACUGAAGCAAAAAAUCAUUUACAAGUUGAGCUGCACAAAGCACAAGGUCUCAUUAAUGGUUUUACUGCAGAGAAAGCAUCAAUGGAAGAGGUUUUAUCAGGGAAAGAAAACGCAGAGCAUUUUUUGGCUGUGGAGCUAGAGAAGUCCCACGAACAGCUGAAAAUCUUGACCCAGGAAAGCUCUGUAUUUGGGUAUAGCAAAGAGGUUUUACUGAAGUUGCAGGAGAUCCUUUCUGGCAAUGUGCAAGAUGUUGAAAUGGAGUUAGUGAAAGAGACUGAGCGCUUAACUAGAGAGAAGCUAGAGCUGCAUUGCCAGGCAAAGAAAGAUCGCUCUAACCUGCUUUCUCAGAUGAAGGUCCUUGAGAUGGAACUUGAAGAACAAAUGUCUCGCAACCAAGAACUCUUAAAGAAGACCACUGAAGUAUCUGAUCUUCAGCAGCAGAUACAGUCACUAGAAAAGCAGCUGAAGAACCAGCGACAGUUCAUGGAUGAACAAGCUGUGGAGCGUGAGCAUGAGAGAGAUGACUUUCAGCAAGAAAUCCUUAAACUAGAAGAGCAAUUGAAACAGGCUUUGAAAAAUCAAGGGGAUUCUAGGACACAUGGACUCCAUGAAUGGAGUGUUCAGCUGGAGACCUUGGAGGCCAAAGUAAAAGAGAAGGAUGCUGAUUGUAACUUGCUGCUACAAGGGAGAAAUGAUUUAGAGCAGCAAAUUGCAGAAAGUAAUGAUGAGCUUGAUAAGAUGUUAAUGAGAAUCCAGGAACUGGAACAGGCUGCCCUGAGCAAUGCAGAAGCAGCAAAGAAGUGCAGCAAACUGGAGGCAGAGCUACAAAAUAUGGUUCAAAAAGAGCAGGAACUUCUGCAGGAUAAAGAUGCUUUGCAACAUCAGCAGCUCAACAAUGUGCUUCAGAUCUCGGCUCUCCAAUCAAAGCUAGAUGAAGCUCGUCAUAGGUUACCUUUAGAGGCAGAACCUGGUAAUGACAUUAAGGAGCAGUUAUUGGCUGAACGUGAAGCCCUGUUUAAGAAGGAGAAAGAGGCUGAAAGUCUUUAUGCUCAGCUUGAGCAGUUCAGUGAAAACCUUAUGAACAAAACAGAGGAGAUACGUCAGCUGAAGCUGCAGCUGGAGAUGGUGCAUAAGCAGAGUGAGCUGACGAUACAUCAGAUCAAAGAAGAAAACUCGCAGCUUAAGGAUGAUUUGUCCUCUCUGCAAAUGCAUUGGGAUCAUAAGAAAGACAACUCUUCACUGAAGUUUCCUCAGGCUUUACUGCAGGAAAAGAACCAGGAAAUUGAUCAUCUAAACGAGCAGCUCGUUAGACUGCAACACGAGUUAGAAAGUGUGAUUACAGAUUCCCAAAGUACAGAAAUUGAGGAUUUAAGGUCACUGGUUGAACAUCUCCGUAGUGACCUAGAGAGGGUUCAGAAGGACAAAGAGGAGGAGGUGGAGCAGCUGCAUGAAGUGAUUGAGAAAUUGCAGCAUGAGCUUGAACAGUUGGGACCCAACAGACAUGAGGUCAGUGAUAGCCAGGAGAGCCUAGAUCAACUGGGUUUGGGAGAAGUGGAGAACCUGCAGAAAGAACUGAGGAAAGGGUCUCGGGAGGCAUCGGGUGAAAAAGCUACAGAGAUUGACAAGGAUAUGUCUGUCAAAGAGGACCUACAGCAGUUGUAUGUACAUGAGAUAGAGGAACUUCAGCACCAGCUGAAGGAGAAAGAAGUUUUGUUCAAGACGGAGGUUGAGGUCCUAGAGCAGAAUCUGCACAACUUAAAAGAAUCCAACAGACAACAGAAACAUGAGCUGAGUUCUUUACAUAUGCAAGAUAGCAGCCUUCAGGAAGAGCGUGAUCUGCUUAUGACUCGCUUGACUCAAAGAGAAGCAGAGGUUGCUGAUCUCUCCAACCAGAUUCAAGAUCUAGAAGAUGCUCUUCGACAAAGGGAAGCCUCACUGAUAGAAAUGGAAUUGCUAGUACGAACAGUGCAAGAACAGCGUGCAGCAGAUAUUUCAGAAUUAGAGUGUCAGCUGGCUCAAAGAGAUGCCUGUCUGGAACUGUCUGGCACAGAGCUAAAGGAGCUGCAUGCACACAGUUCUGUUAUGAAUGCAGAACUAUGUGAACAGAAGGCUGCUCUGCAAGAGAUUUUAGAGAAAUGCUCCAAGGAGCAGCCUGAGAAAGAAGAGAAGUACAAAUAUGAAAUAACGGAGUUAAAACAGCACCUGAGCGAGAGUAAGGGAAAAGUGCAAACACUGACUAAAGCAUUGCAGAUGCUGGAAACACAUAAAAAUCUCCAAAGUCCCUUGAUAUCUGAGCCAUAUCUGACUUCACAAACGGAGAAGAUGACUAGCACAGAACUUGCUGCAGUAGAUGGCAGUGAUGAACUGCACAAAACAGUGGCUUUUCUGACUAGAAUACAGAAUGAACUAGCAGAGCUAAAAUCAGAUUGCCAUUGCAGAGGAGUGAUAGAUCAAGUCCUGCAGCAACAACUAGAGGUUCACUUCCAGAGCAGGGGUGCUCAGGUGCAGAAGCUGCAGGCUGACCAGGUAUAUCAGCAGAACUUGGAUACCGCUCUGUUAGAAGAGCAGGCUAGGAAGAGAACAAAUAAUCUCCAGAAUAAAGACACCAGUGUACUGAGAUCCCCAGUAAGGACAAGAAGCUACACAGAAAGUCUUCCCGAUUUAAGUACUUGGGACUCUCCAGAGAUGGUCAGGAAGCAAGAGGAUCACAUAUACAACAUGAGGGUUAUUACUUCUUUGUCUGACCUCAGCAUAGAUCACAGCACAGACCUUCCUUCAAAAUCAUUUGCUACCCAUGAGUUGGGGUCCUGCUCGCUAUCUCUUGUUGAAAGCUGCUACUCUCUACCCCAUUCCAGUGAUACACAAAGGACCAGUCUGGUGGGAGGUACAGAAAGCAUAUCAGGUGAUUCUUCUUCCUAUGAAUACAAGAGGAGCAACAUAAAAUGUGACAAAUCUGAUGAGCUAGAUUACGCAGAAGAUGUUAAAAAGGUUGAAGUAGAGAGCGCAGAUGUUCUGCUUCCAUCUGAACAACCUGAAGUGGAGGACACAGAAAUGCAGCAGAGCUCAGAAGAGCUAGACAUCCAUUCCAGGAGUGAGAGAAUGCAUUCUGUGCAUUUGCAGAACAUGCUACAGAUGGUGCAUGAGGAAAGCUGCAAGAUUCUGGCUUUAUCAGAGCAGCCUGUGCGCCAAAUGGCUUCAUCUCCCAGGGCUCAACCUGUGUCUCAUAUCACCUGGCAGCAAGAGAAGCAGAAUUUACAAGACGCUAUCCAGUCACUGUGCACUGCCCUGGCAAAGGCUUCAGAGAAGCUAAAGAAGGAUGUUCAUGAUAUUGGUGAAGACUGGAGAGGAGAGCUACUAAAUUGUGUGCAUAGUUUACUGGAAAGUGAGAGGGAAUACCUUCAUAUGGAACUACAUUCACAUCUUAGCCAACCCUUUACUGGUGACAAAGGUUCCCUUAUGGAGAGAGUGGAUCAUGUGGCAAAGGAGCAGGAGCUACAGAAGCGUCUUGUUUUAGAGCAUCUCUUGGCAUCAGACCGCAAUAGCCUUCUAUCUGAAAUUCAAGAUCUGAGAUCACAGAUGAAAAUAUCUCACCUACAAAACCAGGAGAAGCUUCAGCAGUUACAGGAGACCCUCAUCAGUACAGAGGAGAAAGGAUGUACAAAGGAACACCAGCUGCGCAAGAAGGUUGAACUUUUGGAGUACAAACUUCAGCAGGAAGUCUCUAUCUCUGAAGACCUGAAGUCCUCCCUCUGCAGAGAAAAAGAGCGUGCAUCUGAGCAGCACAAACUACUGAUCGCAGAGCAAAGCUCAGCCAACCAGCUCCGUACUGAGCUGGGUGAUGCAAGAUCAGAACAGGAGAGGCUCAUAAAUUCACAUAUGGAACUUAAGACGGAAAUGACAAGACUAAGAGACUUGCUGAAACAUAAAGAGGAGGAGGUUUCUGAGUACCUGCAUUCUGGGCAAAUGAAACAAGAACAGUUAAAUCAAAAGACAGAGGAAGAGAAAAUUCUUGUACAACAAAUUCAGGAACUCAAAGAAAAGACUCUUCAGGAGCUAACUCUGUCCUUGGAAGAACAGCGUGUACAGAAAAAACAGCUAUCUGUGGCUUUGCACCACGAACAGUCCUGCAACAGCAACCUCCGAAAUGAGCUUCAGAUAGAACAGUCCCGUUUUGAAGCUUUACUCACUCAGGAGCGUAGCAAACUUUUAGAAGCAAUACAGGAACUGGAAAAGGAAAAGCUCCACAUUCAGAGUCUGCAGAGUGCACUAACACAAGAACAUGCUAAACUUGAACAGUUGCGGUUUCAGCAUACUCAGGAGCUCUCCAGACAGGAGCAAGAGAAACUUCAGGAGCACAAUAAGGUAUUGGCGUUGCAGAACCAGUUGGCAGAGGAGAGGAGUCAAGCUAAGGAGCUAGUUGUCAUGAUAGAAAAGACAAAGCAACAAACUGUUAGUUCCAAGAGGCAGCUAGAGGCUGAGGUGCAAGCAAGUCAGGAAAAUACCAGGAAAGAACAGGAGACAAGCUCCAAACUCCGAGCCAUGUUGGAGUCGCUACAGAGUCAAAAAAAUCAGAUGGAAAUCACUCUGCAGCGUUUUAGAGAGCGUGAAAGCUACUUACAGAAAGAACGUGACCAAUACCAGGCACAGCUACUGACUCUGCAGGAGCAAGAGAGGACCUGGACAAAGGAAAGGGAAAAAGAAAGGAAGAAAGAGCAACAAGCAGAGAUCAAGGCUGAGAGAGAAGAGGAGAGAGAACGACGGAUACUAGAUCUGCAGCUACAGCAUGAACGUGACCAACAUCGUAUCAGAGAGCUGCAAAAUAUGCUGGCUGAUCUUGACGAACAAGAACGUGCACUAGCUUCCCGCAAAGCCCUUUUACAGAAUGAGCUAUAUACCCCUGAGAGACAUGUAUCAAUGCACAAACAGGACCCAGAGAAGGUUUGGCAGCAAUUGAGUGACACUGUCCUGAGUGUGAAGGAAUGGAUUCAAAGCUGUCCUGGCAGGACACUGAAAGACUGUGCUGGGGAGAAAGCAUUGAAGUCCCUACUAGAAACAAUAUCAGAAUUGAAAUUGUUGCUGCUUGGAGCAGGAUCACUGUCUCCGGUCCAGUCAUCAUCCACUCUGAUGGACGUUCUUCUCAGUGAGAAUAAGGAGCUUACGAAUUCUGUGACUUUACUGACUGAAGAGAAACAAGAAAUGAGAAAUCAGCUGACCAAACUUAACAAGAAGAUGCAGCAGCUGCCAUCAACUGACAAGCAGAUUUGUCCUGAUGAUUCUUUGGAUUCUAGCCUGGAGAUGGAGCGUGCUAUGUGGCACAAAGAGAGACAAGUCUUACAGAAUGCUCUAAAGCAGACUGAGUCAGAACUAAAGAAAUUAACAUCUGAGAUAGAGAAUAGGCCGGUGCCUGAUGUCUCCAGCAUUAAGAUGCAGAGACUUUACAGAAGGUACCUGAGGGCAGAGAGUUUCCGCAAAGCACUAGUUUAUCAAAAGAAAUAUCUUUUGCUCCUUAUUGGUGGAUUUCAAGCUUGUGAGAAAGCAACACUUUCACUCAUUGCCCGCAUGGGUGUUUACCCAUCUCCCACAGACCUUCAAGUUCCAACUACUUGCAAAACUGGGCUAAGCAAGUUCCGAUCAGCAGCAAGAGUGGUUAUAGCAAUCUCCAGGUUAAAGUUUUUGGUGAAGAAAUGGCAAAAGACUAACCGAAAAGGCGAAAAUAUAGUGCAGAGCUCUGUUCUUCUUCCACAAGGGCCGUUGAACAGGACUGACAUUUUAAGACAGCAGCAAAUUGGCAGUAUCCUGCUUACCUCUCCUCCCACUCGGGAUGUGCCAUCAUACCUUCGCCCCAGCCCAAACACCAUGGCUGGCGUAUCUCCAAAGUCAACUUACUGGACACACAGCCGACUCAGUCCAUCUCCUGUCACAAAUCCUGAUAGAAGUUGGAGCAUUACUCAGGAUCCUGAGCACUCACUUACACAGUAUAUUAGACACCUAGAGGCAGUCCAAGAGAGAUUGGGUGGUCUACAAAAUGGUUCUUCUCCAGACCGGUCUCAUAUGAAAUCUGCCUGGAAGUGACCACUUGAUCUCCUCGCUCACAAAUAUGCACUUCCACAAAUGUAAAAAUAUUUUUAUUGUUAUCAUUAUUGGAUAAUUAGUUGUAUACUUAAAGUUUUUAUCAUUUGUUUAAAAUAAUUUAUGCAGUCUGUUUUCACUGACCACAAGCAGCAGCAAGUAAGCAAAAAAAAGCAAACUUUUUUUAUGUAAAGCUGGAUUAUUUUUGUACAAAUAAAACUAGAUUUACUUAUGA